CAUGUUCUCCCCGUGCUGCGGGGGUUUCCUCCGGGUACUCCGGUUUCCUCCCCCAGUACAAAGAUAUGCAUGGUAGGCUGAUUGGCAUGUCAAAGUGUCUGUAAAAGUGUCAAACUGUCAAAGUGUCCGUAAAAGUGUCCAUGACACAAAGUGUCCGUAGUGUAUGAGUGGGUGUGUGAGUGUGUAUGUGAUUGCGCCCUGCGAUGGAUUGGCACCCUGUCCAGGGUGUACCCUGCCAUGUGCCCGAUGCUCCCUGGGAUAGACUCCAGGUUCCCCAUGACCCUGAAAAGGAUAAGCGGUAUAGAAGAUGGAUGGUUGGAAUAUUAACCAUUUCAAACAUCAACUGUUUCAGUAACACUUUGCAUGUAUACUGUAGCUAAUGAAGAACUUUUCACUCGAGGUACUCUUGGCCCCAUUCUCACUAUUCAGGCCGUUCAGGAUUUCGAAGAGUUGUUUUUGUGAUUGUCGCAACCAAAAUCACUCGAUUUUGCUGUGGAUUUUUAAAAAAAAAAAUUUGCGAUGCAACUUGAGGAGUGUUUUUUUGUUGCUUUUUUUUGUUGUUUUUUUUUGCAGAAAACUACUCGAACCAGACCUUUUCACUGUUCUGACGUUUGACGUGUGUGAAUCGAAGAGAGCUUUGGUUAAAUGCACCUUGUGAGGACGUCACAUGACGCAUCCUGGCCCAAAUCUGCUGAAAAUCUGUGGUAAUUUUUUAAAAAUGGCAAGCUCCCCUGAAUUUUGAAGAAUUUCUGUGAUUUUGUUCAUUUCCAUAUCCGGAGAAUCCCAGAGGGUCUGACUAUUAGCUCUGUACCACUCUUUCUCAAAGCUAUACUAUAUAAUAAUUCGAGAUCACUUUAGGACUUGAACCUAUUUAGGAUGAAUGCGUGGUUUUACUACACAAUACUGUGUAUUUAUUUGGUUUUACUGACCACUGAGCCGGUUUGUGGGAUGGUUUGUUGUUAGUGGUGUUAUUUAAUGUUAUUUCUGUAGACCUGGCAACCCUGUUGAGCAGUACCCCGGCGAAGGCGAGCUCUGGACCUGAGAUGUGAUAGAGGCGUUUUUUUUUCUAUCUGAAAUAUUAGAAAUGCUCAGAGUUGAGCCCGAAAGUUCUGGAAAUUCCCACAGUAUAGCCAGUCUGGUCGAACUGGUUGUAGUUCAGUUAUCAGAUUAAAAAUUCUCGUUGGUGCUUCGACCCGAAUGACUGAAGAGUCAUUUAAAAGAGUCGUUUAAAAGAGUCGUUCAAAACAUUUCUUCUUCUUUUUAAGCCUCGGGACAAGUAGCAGAGGACUUCACACACUCUGUGUCAAUAGUGUAACACCAGGAGAACUGUGAGAAGUGAAAACCGAUGGAAUAUUGUUUCUGUUGUUUCUUCUACUGAGGGGAUUUUACGCUCGGUCUAAGAGUAUUAUUAUUAUUAUUAUUAUUAUUAUUAUUAUUAUUAUUAUUAAUACAGACGGAAUCUGCUGAAUUGUGUGUGGUGUGGAGCGCGAUGAUGAAAGACGAGUUUGCUGAAGAAGAGGACGUCCAGUCAUUUGGAUACAAGAGAUUUGGUUUUCAGGAGGGAACUCAGUGUACUAAGUGUAAGAGUGAGUGGGCGUUGAAGGCUGCUAUAGGCCUGCUCUACGUUCUCUGCAUCUUCCUCAUCAUUGCUGUAGCUGUACUCGGUUACAAAGUGGUUCAGAAAGUGGAUGGCGUUUCUAAGGGAAUGCACAAUUAUGAGGGCAAAAUCAGUGCUAUGGAGACAGAUGUACGAAAGAUAAAUAACGAGUCUGGUUUGAAGUUGAAGAACACUUCCAGCGAGCUGCAGGUGUUUCGUUCUGCGCUAUCGGAAUUGCGUCAAAAGCUAGCUGCCUGCUCAGACUCCGUCAACAGCAACGCUGCUGUCCUGCAGCAGCUCCAAGCCUCAUCACAAGAUGUGCUUUCGCUGCAGGGAUAUUUGCAUUCACAGCUAAAUGCCCAUGCCAGCGCUCUGCAUUCUGCUAAUGCUACACUCUUUUCUGUUGCUGCAAACACACCUGUGUUGCAGCAGGACACUGCACGGCUUCAACACAACUUGCAGACGCACAUCAACGCACAGCGCAUGCUACAGCUUUCCAUCGACCGUCUCAACUUCACUCAAACGCAGCAGGACACUAUCGCAGCAGCGCUCCAGCACACAACGGAAGCAGCAGAUACCAAUAUGCAGAGCGUCUAUAGUGACAUGCUAACGGUGCAGAGGGAGACGCAGCGAGUGGGCGGCAUUGAGGACUGGAUUAGGGAAAAGAUCACGAAUCUGGAAAGAGUUGAAUUUAAUGCAUCAACCUAUGUUCUGUCCACUGCACAGGGACUAAGGGAGGUAAACAUGCAGCUAGCUAGCAUCUCCAGUCAAAUUGUCAACAUUAGCACACACAGCGAUGGUAACGCAGCAAACCUAAGAGAGCUACAGGAACAGCAGCAGGAUUAUGGCAGCCGAACAAGUGCUCGCUUUGAUAGAAUGGAGGAACGGCUGGAUGCAGCAGAAGAAAAUGUUGACAGGGUCACAGGGAUCAUGAGCUAUACCACUUGGAUGCUAGGGGGAGUGAACGGAGAACUCGGUGCUUUGCGGAGCUGCUCGGAGACAGUGGGACAACAUUCAGAUAUCCUGCUGAAUUUAAACAGGACUCUGACUGAGACACGGGCAGAUGGGUCUGCUCUAAAGUCCCAGCAGGAUGAUCUUUCGGCACGGCUAGACAAAGAAGUCAGCAGUCUUUCCAUGAUCAUGGAGGAAAUGAAGCUUGUGGACAGCAAGCACUCCCAGCUCAUCACCAAUUUUACAGUAUUGCAGGGCCCCCCUGGUCCAAGGGGUCCCCGUGGUGAAAAGGGCCUACCUGGUGCAGUUGGUCCUGCUGGUCAGAAGGGGGAGAGAGGUGAUAAAGGAGAGGCAGGUGUUCUAGGUGCUCAUGGAGAAAAAGGAAGUGCUGGCCCUCCUGGAUUUUCAGGUAUCUCAGGUAUGCAAGGGCCCCGUGGUAGCCCAGGACCAAAGGGCUCACGAGGGUCAGGAGGCCGUGCAGGACCCCAAGGCACAAAAGGAGAUCCUGGCACACCUGGACUGCCAGGCAGAGAUGGGAUGCCAGGGCCCCUGGGCUCUCAAGGACCACCAGGUAUCCGUGGGCCAGUUGGUCCUUUCGGGGACCCAGGACCCAUGGGACCACCAGGGCCUAUGGGACCUCCAGGACCACCAGGAUUGCCAGGCAGAGCUACACCAAUUCCAACGAUACUUGCUCCACUAGAAGGUACUUCAUCACUAGUUGCUACGGGAUCUCUGCCAGGAGUUGGCUGCCCUGCUGACUGGGUACGGUUCACAAACAGCUGUUACUUCUUCUCUACUGAAAAGCUUACUUUUGACAACGCUCUUCAAAAGUGCAAUGGCAUGUCUUCAUCCAUGGUCAUCGUCAAUGAUAAUGAAGAACAGGGCUGGUUACAGCUUCACAUAGUCGGGAGAGACUAUUUCUGGUUGGGAUUGUCAGAUCGACAAAAAGAAAAUGUUUGGCGUUGGGUGGACGGCUCAGAGCCUACGUUUAUGAAAUGGGGGCUUGGCCAGCCUGAUAACUGGAGCCAUGGACAUGAAGGAGAGGACUGCGCAGGCCUUGUUACUGGAGGUAACUGGAACGACUUCUACUGUCAUGACCAGCUCGGUUUCAUCUGCGAGAGAGCGGUAAACAGUUGAACUCUGUGACAAUGGAACAGUGCGGCAACAGUAUAUCUCGGCGAACAGAUAAAAUAUGGUCAAAUGACCUCGCAGCUUGUGUCAGAGAUAGACGGCUCUCUUUGACAAGUAGACCUGAUGCAGGUACAACGAAUGAGGAAAGACCACAUAGUAGAUGUAGUAAGCUGCAGUGUUUGGCACAAGGUGAAUUGCUUCGUCUCUACUGACAUUACAUAUUGGUCUCAUUCCUGGACAGUCAGUUCAUAACCAUCAAGGAGCCAUUGACAUUCAGCUGUGAGCUAAACAGGUGUAAAGAAGCAAAUUAAUGUGCAUUUCAGUACUCUAUGGAAUUUUCUACUAUUAUAUGUGUAUAAUUUUGAAUAGUUUUAUUACACUCCCCCCCCACCCCCCCCACCUUGUCCUAAUCUGCCAUUUCUUUAUAUAUGCCCCCUUUUGUCCCACACAUACACAUUUCUACAUAUAAAUAAAUAAUAGAACAAAGGAUAUAAUUUCUAUCAUGUUUGUUCAUUCUUCUAAAAAUAUAUGAUUAACUGUGUAU